GCAACAUACAUAAAAACUCAAGAGCAGGGUGUUGCUGGUUAGUCUUCAAGGACAUCAAUUUCAAUCCUAACUGACUUCAUCAUCGUUACUUCCUGCCCCCGCGCCGGCGCCAAAAGCAGAAGAAAAAAUGUUCAAGUUUCUCCUCUCCUCUGUUUCCCAGUCCUGGGAGUCCUCGAAGUUGCACGAGAAGUACCACAUCCAGAAGGUGAAGUUGGGGGAGGGGAGUUUCGGCACGGUGUGGCGCGCGAUGGACCGCACGACAUCACUAGUGAUCGCACUGAAAGUGGUGGAGAAAGACAAAAUGAAGAAGCGCGGCGUGCAGCCCGAAGACAUGGCGCGGGAAAUCAAAAUGCUCUACGCCGCAGUGGGGUGCCCCUACAUCACGGAGCUGCGGGACUCUUUCGAGGACAUAUCCCCUGAAGAAAACCGAUCCCGAUCCAAUUUGUCAUGCAAAACAUGAAGCAUCCGCAUGCGCAUGCCUUGCAAAAUUUGUCGUGCAGAAAGUGGAUCAUGGGGAUUGGUUUAUUUUUUGUGUGGAUAGGACAGCAAUGCGCACUACCUCGCGUUGGAGUACUGCGAGGGCGGUGAUUUCGGCGACAAGUUGCGGGAGAGGCGGGACGUGCUGGAGGAGUACGAAGCGGCGUACUGGAUGAAGCAAAUCUUACUCGCGUUGGAGUUUUUACACGACAAAUCCAUCCUGCACCGGGAUUUGAAGCCGGACAACUUCAUGCUCUCGAACCACUUUGUGCACGCGGUGUUGAAGCUGAGCGACUUCGGGUUGGCGAUCCAGCUCCCCAGUCCGUACGCGGUGCUCAAGGACAAGUGCGGCACGCCGGCCUUCAUGUCGCCGGAGCAGCACGAACUACCCCGGUCCGGCGGCUACUCCUUCCCGACCGACCUCUUCGCGGCGGGGACCUGUCUCUGGUGCAUCCUGCACGGCGGGGACCACCCCUUCAUGAUCGGCUCCUCGCUCGACUUGCCGGGCCUGCUCCGCGGCCAGCCCCAGUUUCGGGGGAACAGCUCCUUCUGGGCCGGGUCCAAGUGGAGCGACGCGGCCCAGCGGCUCUGCGACAACCUCACGGCGCGAGAGCACGGCAGCCGGUUGACGGUGAAACAGGCUCUGCAGGACCAGUGGUUUGGGACGCACGCGAAACAGAUCCGAGACAAGAUCGAAGCAGGGAGAAGUGCGUCCAAAGGUGGGCUGUAUGGCGGUACUUAACGGUGGAUUCUGUGUCAGGUCAAGUAGCAAAAUUGAAGCAAGUUGUAGAUGUGUAAGUAGUGCUGGUGUCUCUUACACUUCAAUCCUGCAUCGUAGCAUCAAAGCAUUCAAUUGACGAGGUGUUAGUUCCCAUUUCGCCGCGGUCUGACCCACGUGGUAUAGAGCUCAGGAAGGCCAAAAGUUUCUCCUGUGGCUCCUGCUUGGCUUGAUCCUGGUCCUGAUUUUAAAUUUCCUAUGCAUACUCCCGCAACAAGUGCGGACGGUUCCGGGGCCGCUUCAUCGGGCACCAGUCGUCCGACGGUGAUUCCCACCGCUGCUGACAAACCGCUGUUCACGCUUGAGCCGUACAGCAAAAACGCGAACACCUCGAGUCUCCAGGGGGGACACGGGCACGGAGCGCACCAGCAACUCGGGCCCAGCUUGUCCUCGAGCUCCUCACCCGUGUUGUCGAACUCCGAGGUGCGGAAACUGAAAGACCACAACCGGGAGUUGCAGGCAAAGAUCGAUGAAGCGGCGCAGAAGGAUGCGGAUGAGAAGGCGCGGAUGGCGGAAAAGAUCCGCCAGCUGGAAGCACAGGUAGUAGCCACGGGAACCGGGCCGGGGAUCACCGCAACGGACUACAAUGUGCACGCGGGAGGAGGUGGAGGACAAGUUGCUGCACAUGGUGCUGUGCCUCCCGUAGUAGAUCCACCAAAUUCUAACGGUGGCAACAAUUCCUCCGGCGCUUCGGAGCAAUUCGGCCUCGGGAAUUUUUUCAACCGAAUAUUCCAGCAGCCACCGAGCUUGCUGCAGCCAAAUCCGAGUCCGCAGCGGGGAGUGGUGCAACAACUUGGUGGUGAACAUAUCAGCAAACUCAGGAACGAAAAUCACAUCCAGAUCCUGCGACCAGGGCAGCAGGUGUGUUACAACAGCGCCAGCCACGGGGCGUGGUUUAUGGGCACGGUAAAGAGACACAACCCGGACGACGGCACGUACGACCUGGAUUUGAAGCAACGGGCCGACUGGGACCGGAUCAGCCCGCCGUUCGAACCGAACGCGAGUAUCGCGUGGGGCAAGAACUUGCUGGUGCACUACUGGUCGGACUCGAGCCAGGCUUACCUGGAUGCGGUCAUCGACAGAUACAACGAAGACGACGGUACCUACGAUCUGGAUGUCCGGCAGCGCGCCACAGUGGACAAAAUUAGAAUACGCAACGUGAAGCUGAGUGAUCUGGAAGAAGAGAGAACCACCACCACGAUGUUCCAACCAGGAGCAGCGGUAGCAGGUGGCAUUCCCGGCGCACCACUUCCCCCAGCAGGCCAGGAUCAAUCACUCUUUCAGCAACUCGGCGGUGUUGGACCAGCACCCCAACAGCAAGGCAGUGUCCUAAGUGUCGGAACAGCAACAGCAUCUUCAAAUCGUCGGGACACCUCGACGACGACGUCCGGGGCUCGUCCUUCGGGUGGUCAUCUCCAGGACGUGGUCGGGCAGCAGGGCGGCGAGGUGGUUGGCCGAUUGGUCAACCCCUUUGGCAUGGACCAACAGUUGCAGAACCAGAAUCAGAACUUACUAGGCAUAUUGCAAGGAAAAAUCCCCCAUCCCCAUAUUAAGAACGUAUCGCUCUGAAAAUUUGUGAUGCAAAUUUGUGACCACAAAUGCAAAUCCUGUCUGUCUUGCAGGAUGGCAAAUUGAGAGAGAGCGCCGCGCCAUGCAGGCGAUUUGUCAUCCUGUAAGGCCUACAGGGCAGACGUCUGCCAAGCUAGACGCCUACACCAGAAGGCCCCCGCCCAGGCUUGCGAUCUGCGUGCAGUCCUCUACUACAAGAGAGAUCUGAUUUGUGUACACAACGCCCGCAUCACAGAAUUCCGCUUUGAUAUGGGGAGGGGGGAUUUUUCCUUUUGAUACGGAGGUGGGCAGCAUAACAACCAGAACUUUUCCUCUAGCUCCACCAACGCCUCGCAAAGGCCUUCGACGACAGCUGGAUUCGCUGCUGGCGGUUCACCUCUGCAUCCGGAGGACAGUCCACCGCCGUCAAGAGGAGCAGUGGUACAGAUGAACCGUCACUCCGCCGCCCCUGUCACCGACGUUUUGCAGCAGCUUCCAGGAUAUCCGGUGCAAAAGUAUCUUCGUGCUUGUAGUACUCGUGCAAUAAAUCAUAAAAAUGGAGGUGGCAACAGCACCAAUCUUGCGAUAUUACAACUCUUCUACUCUUCUUCGUUAUCUGAAUUUGCAUGGUAAUCACAAUUUCCGUCUUUCCGUUUCAGAAAAUUUGUGAUGCGAUUGCUGCUAGAGCUAGCAAGCCACUUUUGCAGUGCAUACAGGGAACAACGCUCCUGCAACUACGGUAAUGCAGACGGCUCCACAGCAGGACGUUGAGGCCCAGAAAUUCUACGCCCUGUCUGCGAUUCUGAAGCCCGGGAUGGCCUGUUCUUACCGUGAAACGGACUACGAGCCGUGGCGGUCCGCGGUGGUGGAAGCGCUCGCACCGGACGAGCAGUUUUUGCUCAGAGUCGUGGUCGACAGUAGUAGUGGUGCGAGUGGGUCUACGUCAAGCAACACAAUCAAAGCGCCCGCUAUGCAGGUGUCGCCCGUGGGAACCACGGGCACAGGUGGAGCUACUGCAACACCAACAGGAAUUCUGAGCAAGUGGCCGCUGGGCACGUGGGUGUACUACCAUUCCUCCAGCAUGCGCACGUGGAUCGCAACAUCCGUGCAGAGCUACAGCGAGGACGGUGCAACCAUAAACUUAGCCAACAAACCGGGCGCGGAUCCGGAGCGGAUUCGGGCGCGAAUAAAGCCGGAGCCCGCGGAGAAGCAGGCCAUCGAGCAGACCCAGGCCCAGCACGUGGAGAUGAAGUGCGUCACUUGCGGACGGGUGUAUUGGAGCUUGAGUGGGAAAACAAAACAGUGUCCGCCGUGUCGGAACACCGGAUGAGUUUCAAUUCUCGUCGUGUUUCGCCGCGGGGACAAGGCCGCCCCGGCCCCGCUAUGCGUAGCUAUGAUUAUUUCCUCCGUUCAUUAUCCGUUGGUGAUACGGAUACUAUACAUAGAGCGCAAGCCUCUUCUUCCUCUGAGACAUGACUGACACGACUCGUCGCACUGUCACAACAUCUGCAGCUGCUGCAGCUUCGCAGUUCUACCUCAUUGCUUGACUGUGCUGCUGAAAUGAAAACUGACUCACAACUCAGUUGUAGAAGUGUUGCUGAACCUGUACUGCUCCUGAUGAAUACGAUGAGAAGCAGCAAGAGCAUUCAGCUGCUGGUCGAAA